GUCCCUCGCAGCUCUGCCGCCGUUUCCCUGCUCGCCGGCCGGGGACGGGGGACCCAGCCCUCCUCCGUGCCGGGGAAGCCGCGGAUCCCCGUCCAGGCUGCUCCGGCAGCGGCAGGUUGGUGCGCUCCUCUCCGGAGCCGUCCAGGGAGCCGCGGCUCGCUCCGCACCCCGGGCAGCGCCGGCGGCGGGGAGGCGAAGGGGGGCGAGACAGCCGGGGAGGCAAGAGGCGCCGCAAGACCCCCCAGGAGCGGUGCCUGCGGACGCCUCUCCCGCCGGCUCCUCGCAGGAAGGCACCGCCCGGGCCGCCCCAGGCGGACGGCGCGGCCCCUCGCCCGGCCCGGCUCCCCACCAUGCUGGACGGGCUGAAGAUGGAGGAGAGUUUGCAGAGCGCCCUGGACCCGGCCACCCCCUUCUCCUCCUUGCUGGGCAGAGCCGCGACCCCCAAAUCGGUGUGCGAAGGGUGUCAGCGAGUGAUUCUGGACCGGUUCUUGCUGCGCCUGAACGACAGCCUGUGGCAUGAGCAGUGCGUCCAGUGCGCGUCCUGCAAGGAGCCCCUGCAGACCACCUGCUUCUACCGCGACAAGAAGCUCUACUGCAAGCUGGACUAUGAGAAGCUGUUCGCGGUGAAGUGCGCGGGCUGCCUGGAGGCCGUGGCGCCCAGCGAGCUGGUGAUGCGCGCCCAGAAGAGCGUCUACCACCUGCACUGCUUCUGCUGCUGCGUCUGCGAGCGGCGCCUGCAGAAGGGCGACGAGUUCGUGCUGAAGGAGGGGCAGCUCCUCUGUAAGGGCGACUACGAGAAGGAGCGGGAGCUGCUGAGCUUGGUGAGCCCGGCUCUGUCGGAUUCUGGCAAAAGUGAUGAUGAGGACAGCAUCUGCAAGUUGGGUCAGGCCUCGGGGAAGGGCACUGAGGAUGGAAAGGAUCACAAACGGCCCAAGAGGCCACGGACCAUCCUGACCACGCAGCAGCGGAGAGCAUUCAAGGCAUCAUUUGAGGUCUCCUCCAAGCCCUGCAGAAAGGUGCGGGAGACACUGGCAGCAGAGACGGGGCUGAGCGUCCGUGUGGUGCAGGUCUGGUUCCAGAACCAGCGAGCCAAGAUGAAGAAGCUCGCCAGGAGGCAGCAGCAGCAGCAGCAGGACCAGCAAAACACGCAGCGCCUGAGCUCAGCCCAGACAAACGGCGGGGGCGGCGGCACAGGGCUGGAGGGGAUGCUGAACCCUUACACCGCUCUGCCCCCGCCCCAGCAGCUGCUGGGCAUGGAGCAGAGUGUCUACGGCUCCGACCCUUUCCGGCAAGGGCUCACCCCGCCCCAGAUGCCUGGAGACCACAUGCACCCCUACGGUGCCGAGCCCCUCUUCCACGACCUGGACAGCGACGAUACCUCACUGAGCAACCUGGGGGACUGCUUCCUGGGCACAGCAGACGCAGGGCCGCUCCAGGCACGAGUGGGAAACCCCAUCGACCACCUGUACUCCAUGCAGAACUCCUACUUCACCUCCUGAGCGCAGCAUGGUCCCCCCAGGAGGGGCCGCAGAGCUCCCCGGGGCUGGGAGGGAGGGGAGCGACGCUGCUGGGACGCCGUCAAAUAAUGUUGUAGCUUGGGAUUCCCAAGGAGCGAGUUAAGUUAUGGGUUACAUAGUUUCAUGUUUCUCUUAGGAGCCUAGGAUUAGGGACACGAGUGGUUUUUGCAGCUGGCUGGUGGAUUUUCAAAUUUCAAACGGGGGGACACAAAUUUCUCGUUGCGGCAGGGAGGGGAGGGGGAUUCUCCCGUAGGAGCAUCCCAGCGCUGAAUCCCAUCUUUAGGAAGAGCAAACUGCUGGUCCUCAUGGAGAAAACCUGCAGCAUCAGCUGGCCUUUGAAAUUUGGAAGGCUGACAAUGCUUUGGGGAAACACGAGGGGAAAA